UAAAUAAUUUAGAAUUCUGUAAUUACUACUGUUUUCUUCUUCAAAAUUAUAUGUUCAUAAAAAUUGGGGAUUCUUCUUGCAACGGGAAACCGCUCGUGGCCCCAAUCUUCCUUUUCAAUUUUCCCUAAUUUUCACCUCCAUUUUCCUCGCCAAAUCCUCGUCUGACUCUCUUCCUCUAUAUUUCUCUUUGAUCCUUUUUUUUUUUAUUUUUUCCCAACCCGAAAAGGCUCUCUGCCUUUCUGAGCUUCAAGGGUUAAAGGCAGUGGGAAUGUGGAACUUAGCAAUAUAAAGUUUCAGGUUUGAUAAUUACGAUUUGAUGGACAAUAAUAAUUGGAGACCUAUUCAAGGUGGAGAACCCACAAUGGAAACAAGUGACUGGAGGACUCAGUGUCUGCUCGAUUCACGUCUGCGAAUUGUCAACAAGAUAAUGGAUACGUUGAAGAAGCAUCUUCCCUUCUCUGGUCAAGAAGGAUUGCAUGAACUCAAGAAAAUCGCUGUAAGGUUUGAGGAAAAGAUUUAUACUGCUGCCACAAGCCAGUCAGAUUAUCUACAGAAAAUUUCUAUAAAGAUGCUCUUAAUGGAGACUAAGUCUCAGAACACAAUGGCCAGUUCUUUGCUGUCCAACACUGUUGGCACUAGCAACAGACCCCCAGAUCCAGACAACAAUAAUUGGAGGCCUAUUCAAAGCGGAGAACCAACAAUGGACACAAGUGAUUGGAGGUCUCAGUUGCAGCCAGAUUCACGUCAAAAAAUUAUCAACAAGAUAAUGGAUACGUUGAAGAAAAAUCUUCCCUACUCUGGUCAAGAAGGAUUGCAUGAACUGAAGAAAAUCGCUGUCAGGUUUGAGGAAAAGAUAUAUAAUGCUGCCAUAAGCCAGUCAGAUUAUUUACGGAAAAUUUCAUUGAAGAUGCUUUCAAUGGAGACUACAUGUCCAAACACAAUGGCCGAUUCUUUGCCUUCCCACACUGUUGGCACCAGCAGCAAGACCCCAGAUCCAGGCAAUGUUUUCAAACGCUCUCUUAGAGUGCGGCGCAAGAAAAAUGCACUGAAGCGUGUUAAAAAAAAGCAGGGAUCCAAAAGGGUCUAGGGGAUGGGGCAUGUCGUGUAUGAUGCAGGGUUCCAAAAGGGUCCAUGCUCUGGAGGAUGGGGCAUGUCAUGUAUGAUGUAUAUGUAUUUUCGAGCGUUGUUCCUCAAGCGCACACUCAGUGAGAUAGAGAAAUAAUAUUAUUAAUAAUAAUAAAAAGAUUUUAAAGGUAUUUUAUUUA